UUCCCCUCCGCCCUUUGGCGGUGCGGUGCAGUGCAGUCCGGGCUGCCCUCCCCCAAAAAAUUUUUCCGUUUUUUCCCCUCAAUUUUCCCCCGUCAUUUCUUCCUCUGCAUCCCCCAUCUCUCGUUCCCUCUCCACCAUCCUCCGGAUCUCCGAUCUGUAACGUCCCUCUGGUCUUUCAGUCGGUCCCUGCAAAAAAAAUUCCCAAAAAAACCCUAAUUUCUGUCUGCAGUUGUGCAAUCCCUUCGUUUCUCCCCGGAAGCAAAAAAAAGGAAAAAAAAAAAAGGAGAAGAAUAGGUAUCGAGUCGUUCACAUUCAGAAACUAUUAUGGUUUCGUGUUUCAUGUUCUAGGGUUUCUGAAAUAAGAAGAGUGAGAGGGGAAAAGCCAAAAAAAAAAGGAAAAAAAGAAAAAAAAAAGGAUAGACAGAAAGAGGCUGAGGAAGAAGAGGGAGGAAGGAGAUCGACAUGGCGCAGGUUCAGUUGCAACCCCAACAGGCCGUCUCCACCGGGCAGACUGUCGCUACUGGAGCAGCGCCGGCGAGCAAUGGGUCUAAUCCGUUCAUGUCGACGUCUCUGUACGUCGGCGACCUGGAGUCGAACGUCACGGACUCGCAGCUCUAUGAUCUGUUCAGCCAGUUAGGGCCGGUCGUGUCGGUUCGCGUGUGCCGCGAUCUCAGCACUCGCAAGUCGCUUGGGUAUGCGUAUGUCAACUACAGCAAUACCCAAGAUGCUGCCAGGGCAUUGGAAGUGUUGAACUUCACUCCUUUGAAUGGAAAAUCUAUCCGUAUUAUGUAUUCGCACAGGGAUCCCAGUAUCCGUAAGAGUGGGGCUGCAAACAUAUUUAUUAAGAACUUGGAUAAGGCGAUUGAUCACAAAGCACUGUAUGAUACAUUCUCUGUAUUUGGGAAUAUUCUGUCUUGCAAGGUUGCAACAGAUGCAUCUGGUCAAUCAAAAGGAUAUGGAUUUGUCCAGUUUGAUUCUGAAGAGGCAGCUCAAGCCGCGAUAGAUAAGCUGAAUGGGAUGUUGUUAAAUGAUAAGCAAGUAUUUGUUGGUCCCUUUGUUCGUAAGCAGGAGAGGGAAAAUUCUAGUAGCAAGACUAAAUUUAAUAAUGUAUAUGUGAAAAAUCUCUCGGAUAAAACUAGUGAAGAUGACUUGAAGAAUACUUUUGGUGAAUAUGGGGUCAUCACAAGUGUUGUUGUAAUGAGGGAUGCAGAUGGAAAAUCCAAAUGCUUUGGAUUUGUAAAUUUUGAAAAUGCUGAGGAUGCUGCCAAAGCCGUUGAGGCUCUUAAUGGCAAGAAAUUUGAUGAGAAGGAGUGGUAUGUUGGAAAAGCUCAAAAAAAGGCUGAACGAGAACUAGAGUUGAAAAGUAGGUUUGAACAGAAUAUGAAGGACGCAACUGAUAAAUAUCAGGGUGUAAAUUUAUACCUGAAAAAUCUUGAUGAUAGUAUAGGCGAUGAGAAACUUCGGGAAUUGUUCUCUGAGUUUGGUACAAUCACUUCAUGCAAGGUUAUGAGGGAUCCAAAUGGAAUCAGCCGUGGGUCUGGAUUUGUAGCAUUCUCAACUGCUGAGGAAGCAUCUCGAGCCCUGAUGGAGAUGAAUGGCAAGAUUGUUGUCAGCAAACCUCUUUAUGUUGCUCUUGCACAGCGUAAGGAAGAUAGGAGGGCAAGGCUGCAGGUAAACGUUCAGGCGCAGUUUGCACAAAUGAGGCCUGUUGCCUUGACGCCAUCAGUGAACCCACGUGUGCCAAUCUAUCCUCCUGGCGGUCCGGGUCUAGGGCAACAAAUAUUCUAUGGACAGGGGCCUCCUGCCAUUAUUCCGCCACAGCCUGGGUUUGGCUACCAGCAACAACUGGUUCCUGGUAUGAGGCCUGGUGGAGCACCAAUGCCGAACUUUUUUGUUCCAUUGGUACAACAAGGGCAGCCAGGACAGCGGCCAGGUGGUAGACGUGGUGGCGGAGCACCUAUGCAGCAAACACAGCAGCCAAUGCCAUUGAUUCAGCAGCAGAUGCUGCCGAGAGGAAGAGUGUACCGUUAUCCUCCUGGGCGGAACAUGCAGGAGGUUCCCAUGCCUGGCAUGCUCUCUGUUCCAUAUGACAUGGGUGGUAUGCCGUUGCGGGAGUCUGGCAUCCCACAGCCUAUCCCUAUUUCUGCGUUGGCUUCUGCACUUGCAAACGCUUCACCUGAGCAGCAACGGACGAUGCUGGGCGAAAGCCUCUACCCGCUUGUGGAGCAGCUGGAACGUGAUCAUGCUGCCAAAGUGACGGGUAUGCUCCUUGAGAUGGACCAGACUGAGGUGUUACACUUGCUGGAAUCUCCUGAUGCACUGAGAUCCAAAGUUGCUGAGGCAAUGGAAGUCCUGAGGAGUGUUGCUCAGCAGCAGCAACAGCAACAGCAGGGAAAUCCUCCAUCUGAUCAGUUGGCUGGGUUGUCCUUGAACGACUCCCUUGUUUCCUGAUCCUCUCUGGUGGCCGGGGCUUGUCUCUUUAAUGGCGGUGUUGCUCUCUUGCUGUGAUGAACAUUUGAUAGUUUUCGGACUUGGGAUGCUGCUUUAAGCAGACAUUUGUUAGCGAGUUAGGACGUUUUUGAAUUUGGUUUUUUUCUUUUUGUGAUUUGGAUUACUUAAUUGUUAUUGUGCUGUGGACGUUUCUUGAGCUUGAGAUUUCAGGGUUUUUGUGUUUGCCCUUCUA